AUGUGGUCUUCAUCCUGGUUCUUUGUGGCAGUUAUGGCCCAUGUGUGUCACUGCUCCAGAGUGUCCGAGUGCUGGCACAGCUCCAUCUGCUCCAACCUCAGCAACAAGCAGCACGUCCUGGCGUGCAUUCAGCUGUGUGUAUCGGAGAUGCAGAAUGAGAGUCCACACAGCAUGCCCGUGCAGGACACAGACCCCGAGCAGAAUGAGCUGACCUCUGACAUCAGGCCAGACAGCCACGACAGGCGCUCCUACUCCAUGGAGCACUUCCGCUGGGGGAAGCCGCCCGGCCGUAAGCGCAGGCCUGUCAAAGUGUUUAGCUCGUUUGCAGAAGUAGGAGGCUCCAGUGAAGGUGCUGGACCAAUACACCUCCAGAGGAGACAGCUCAUGGCCUACGACAAGCGCAACAAGGACAUGCAGCGGAAAUUACGCUCCAAAGCCUCGUCUCACAACCAGGCGCAGGAGAGGAAGGACGGCACGUACCGCAUGAGCCACUUCAGGUGGGGCAGUCCACCUGCCAACAAACGGAACGGAAACUCUCUGCAGCCGUGGCAGGAGACGCCACAGAACCCGCUGUCCAAGCUUCUCAGGAACUUAAUGGGAAAAAAUGUGAAGAUGGCGGGAUAA